AUGGACAACCAAUCCAGCAUCUCAGAGUUUUAUCUACAAGGAAUAUCAAGGUUUCCAGAACAACUGUGGCUACUCUAUGGGAUUUUCCUGUGUAUGUAUCUUGUCACCUUGACUGGAAAUGUGCUCACCAUCCUGGCCAUUGGCUCUGACCCACACCUCCACACUCCUAUGUACUUUUUGGCCAACCUGUCCUUUCCUGACAUUGGUUUAGUACAAUCUGCAGUGACCAAGCUGCUGUUUAAUGUUCAGACAAUGCCAUAUGACUGCUAUAUGGCUAUCUACUGCCCUCUCCAUAAUUCCAAAAUCAUGAAUACUAGAUUAUGUGCCCUGAUGCUUGCCCUGUGCUGUGUCCUCACCAACACAAUUGCUCUGACUCACACUCUCCUCAUGGCUCGACUGUCCUUCUGUGUUGUUGGGGAAAUAGCUCAUUUUUUCUGUCACAUUAAUUCUGUUCUGAAGCUAUCAUGCUCUGACACACAUGUCAAUGAGUUAGUGUAUUUUGGCUUUGGAGAUACAGUAGUCUCCAUAGUCUUCCUUUGUAACAUAAUAGCAUACAUCAACAUUUUAAUUGCUGACCUUAGGGCUAAGACUUCUGGUGGGAGUUCAAAUGUCAUUUCUACCUGUAGCUCCCACCUGUGUGGUCUAUUUUUUUAUGGAAUGCUCUACCUGUUUCCCUCCUCUGUAGAGUCCAAAGAAAAGAAUGUUGUAUCUGCCGCAAUGUAUACAUUGAUGAUUUCUAUGUUGAACCCCUUAAUAUAUAACCUAAAUAUCAAGGGCAGGAAGGAAAAACUUCAGAGGCUUCUCUGUCAUAGGAGAAUGUUCUUCUUUUAG